AUGCGCUCCGGUCUUCUCCUCUCCCUCAGCGUGGGUCGCCGUGUUUCUCUUACCCGUCCUUCCGGCGCCAAAAUUGAACAGAUCCCGACCGGCUGUGGGUUCUCCGAGUUUUGUUACAAGAGUUUGGAUUUUGCUUGUUUUGGAAAAUUGGGCAAGUUUCUUCGAUCGUGUGCUUUGUCUAUGGAGGUGUUAGUACAGCUUCUGCGUUACAGAUGGUCUCGCUCCGUGUCAUAG